AUGUAGAGUUAAAAAGAAUAAGAAAUUCAUAAUAUAAUUAUGCAAUAAGGUAAAUAUGAAUUUCAUUAUGAUAAGAUGAUGGAAUUGAUGAAAUUAUUUAAUAAAAUUCAUAGACCUUUGGAAAACUUCAUAAUUAGAGUGAAAUUGAAAAUUUUUCAAAAAUAAAGGAUGGGCUUGAAGCUUUUUUAUAACUUGUUCAUGAUGAUAUAUUAUAAAGAGAGGAAGAAAUAAAUGAUUUUCUCAACGAUAAUAUACUUAUAAAUUUGAAUAACGAAAUGAAAAAGAAGGCAAUAUCAUAUUUGUUUGAGGUUAAGUAGGAUCACACCAAACUUGACUUUUUAUAUAACAUCUUAGAUGAAAAUUGCGAAAAACAGUAGUAUAAAUCACGUGAAUUAAAUGAAAAUUAAUAUUAUUUAGAUGCACGUAAAAAUAAAGAAUACAGGAAGAUCUUAAAUAAACUUACAAAUGAAAAAUUCAUAUUAGUCAAUAAGAUUCCAACCUAAAUAGCCUCUAGUAAAGAUUUUCUUGAGACUAUAUUAAAUACUCAAAAAUAAAAAAUACAUCUACUAUUUGAUUAUAAUGAAUAUUAGUAAGGAUUAAAAUAGCUAACUUAAAUUUAACUAAUAAACCUACUAACAUUAUUUAUCGAUGAUACUGAGGAUAAGUUACAAUAAAUUAUUGGAUCUAUUUCAAUACGGCAAUGUACUUAAUUUUAGUCCUAUAUUGAUUGGAUCUAAGAAUAAGAAUAAAGUCAAUUUACAACUUAAUAAAAUUAGAAAUUCUUAAAUGAACUUCUUUGUUUAGAUCUAAUUAAAAUAAAGGAAGACUUAAUUAAAUUCUUAGGAUAGGAACUUAGAAAACUUAAUAAUGAUGAUACUAAUAAAAAUAACGAUUAAUAAGGAGUAUUAACAAUUUUUUAAGAGACACUAAAGAGGUAAAUUUGUUGUAAUUUGUCUCUAGAUUCAAUUUAUUUUGCAAUCACUUUUUAUUUUUGGAUAAAGCAUCAUAAUAAGAUUGUUAAUUUUCAUUAAGAAAUCUCAGAAAAAUUUGUAAAAGUUGAAGAUAAAUUCAAGGAAAGAAUUUUUCAAACUAAAUUAAAAUAGUAUUAAAAAGAUAAUUAAGAAUAGGAUUCCAUUCAUAAGUUUUUGAUGAAUAAAAUCAUUUUUUACAAAUCUAAUAGAUAAUAUUUUUUUAAAAAAGAGCCAAAAGAAAGAAAUUCAGAUGAAUAUCAAAUUUAAAAUAUUUCAAACUACUUUUCAAGAAUAUUUAAUUAAUGCUUUCAUAUGGAUUUAAAUAUAAAUGAUAAGAUUGAUUAAUAAGCAAAUUUCAUCCAAUUUUUGGAGCAACUUCAAGAACUUCACUUUUACCAAAUUAGAUUUGCUGAAAAAAAUUAAGGCUUAAAGCAUUUCAUUUAAAUACUUUGGAUUAAUACUCAAAAUGAUACUAUUUUUGAAAUUUUAAUAAGUAUUCCUAAUUAGGAAUCAGAAUUAAUUAUUUUCCUAUAAAAGCUUUAAAGUUUAAAUAAAAGAAUGGAUAAUACAUUAUAUUAUUUAAUACUAGAUAUAUUGGAUCUUAUCAUAAUUAAAGAUUAACCUAAAAUUUAGAAUGUCAAAAUUUUUAGAGAUUAAUUUGAAGAUUUAUAAUCAUUCCAAUGUAUUGAAAAUUGUGUUAAACUGAAAUCUAUUAUUUUGAACAAUUCUCUACAUAAUGUAGAUGAAUGUAUUAAAAUAUUAGAGGAUAUUUUUAAUGAUUUGUAUUUCAAUUUUAAAGAGGUUUAAUCAGGAAAAUAAAGGAAUUGUAAAUUUUUAUUAACUCUUGGUGGAAAAGAUUAUGGGGAUCAAUUUUUGAUGUUAUAUCAUUGCUUUAAAAAUAAUGAGAUCCAAAGCUAAAUUAUUAAUAUUGUGAUCAAAAUUUAGUUUUUCAAAAAAAAUAGAAAUUUAGAUAUUUUUAAAUAAUGUUGUUAUGAACUCUUCAUGCUAGAUAAAGAAAUUUAUGAUUAAUGUUAUGAAUAAUUUAAAGAUAUUACUGAUUUUUAAAUUUCAUCUAAAUUCUUUCAACAUAAGAAAAUACAUGAAAAAUAUCCUAAUAAAAUGAAUAUAUUAAUUGAAUAAUUUAUUCUUUCUAGAACUGAAUAGAAAAAAAACAAUUAAAUAAUUAAUUGGGUAUUUGAUUUAAAUAACAAAGAAUAUUUUUUGUCUCUUCUUCCUUUUUUAUUUGAUAUUAUUAAAAGAGGAGAAUCAAUAGAGCAAUUGCUUGAUUAAGUGAAUAAAAAUAUAGGUAAUGAAAACAUAGAAUUUAUGAAUUUCAAAGUUAUCUUUUAAAUUUUAUAUAAUAAUUCUGAUAAAUAACUUCAAAUGCUACUAUUAAAAAACUUAUCCUUUAAUCAUCCUAUUCCCUUUGUUUAUUAAAAUCCAAAUGUGGAUAAUAUUUUAGUAGAGGACGAUUUAUAUUUGAUCAAUCCUAACAUUUAUUUCUUAUUAUAAAAUCAAUACAGCAUUAUCAACUUCUCUUUCAGUAAAUCUUAAAAAUAAAUUGGUAAGACUGAAUUAAUCAAUAAAGUAUUUUUUCGAAAAGAUAAAUUUAAUAUUUAAGAUACUAAUAAUUUAAAUAGAAAUACUAUCGAUCUGAUGCUUGACAAGGAGUUUAAUGGAUCUAGAAAUUUAUUAAUUGCUGACACUCAUGGGUAUAUUCCAUAAAGCUUGUUGUUGAAAAUAUUGCCAUUAUUCAGUUUUUGGAUAAUAUAGAUGGAUACUGAAGAAGAAUUAAAAGAGAAUCUUGAAAAUAUUAGAAACAUAAAUAGUAAAAUCAAAAUAAUAAAUCAUAAGAUUUAAUUAAUUGUAAGAAACUCAAAAAGUAAAUAAAUUGACUAACCUCUCCAAAAAGAAUUAAUCAAAAGUAAUAUCUAAAUUUAAUAAAUUUAGAAUUUAUCCUCAAAAGGUCUAAGCAAUUAGUUGAUUUAAUAACAAAUUAAGCUUGUGCAGAUAUAAAUUUUUUAAUAAAUUGUGAAUCACGAGAAAUUCAAGCCAUUUAAUAAGGAAAAUUUUAUUUAGAUUUUAAAUAAUGAGGAUCAGGAAGAAUUAAAAAAGUUCAAUAUUUUAGUGUAAAAAAUCGAAGAUGAAGCAAAAAACUUUUUUAAUAAUCCAAAAGGAUUUUAUAACUCAAAAGCUUUUCCUUAAAGACAUUUUGAUGAAAUUAUAAAAGAAAUGCAGGAAAAAGAAUCACAACUUUUUGAAGCCUCCCAAUUUUGUUAAACCAAGGAAAUCAAAGAGCUUUAGUAAAAAAUUCAAAAUUGUUAAACUUCAUAAAAAUAGCUAAAAAGCCCAACUGAGCUUUUAAAAAUAUUUAAAGAAUUAAUUUGUUCUGAAAAUUAUACUUCAUACAUAACUUUAAUUUCAGCUAUCCAUGAUUUGACUAGAGAAUCUACCAAAAAUUUAUGGACAAAACACUAAAUUUUAUUAGAUAAACUUCAAGUUUACAAAGUAGAAAAUAUAGAGGAUAAAGAAGGAUUUAAAAAAAUAAAAUAAGAAUUUGAAGAAUGUGAAAAAGAACUUUAAUCUAAAAGUCUUAAUAUUGAUAUAUUUUGGAGAGAAUAUAUCAAACAAAGUUUUUUAAUAAAUUAAUGCCAAGAAGUGGCAGAUUUACUAGUAAAAUUAUUAAUGAAAGGUGAAACAUUUGAAUUAUUAGAUGGAGAAUAAUUCUAAAUGAAUAUUAAUUUUUUUGAAUUUGUUGUAAAAAGUUUUGAAAAAAUGAGUAAAAACAAUAAAAUUCUUGUUAUUGGAAUCUUGGGACCUUAAAGUUCAGGUAAAUCUACAAUCUUAAACAAGAUUUUUGGAUGCAAUUUUUUCUCAAGUGUGGGAAAAUCGACUAAAGGGAUAUACUUUCAAAUGAUUGAAGUAAAAAAAAAUUCUAUAUUUGAAAAUUAGUUUGAUUUUAUAUUAAUAUUAGAUACGGAAGGAUUAUAGAGUCCAAAUUAAAAAGAUCCUCUAUUCGAUAAAAGGAUUUCCCUAUUUAUAUUUGCUAUCUGUGAUAUCAUUUUAAUUAAUGUUAAGGGUGAGAUUAAUUCUUAAUUUAAAAAUCUUGUUGAAAUAUGUAUUUAUUCUUUGGCUUAAAUUUAAAAUGCAUUAUCAAAUACAAAAUAAAUAAGUUGGUGUUUCAACUAAAAUAUCGAUACUUAAAAUAAAUAGCCAUUUAUUGAUCAAUUAACUUAAUUAACAACGUAAUUAUUUCACGAUAACGGUUAAUUUGGAAAAAAUAAAGAGUAAUAAUAGGAUAUAUUAGAGUUAAUAGAAAUUAAAAAGGAAAAUAUACAAAUUUUAAGUACCACAGCAAUAUUAGAAACCUGGAAUAUCGAAGAAUUGCAAUAAAUUUGGAAAUAUCUUAUUCCAAAUGAAUCAUAUUCUAAAGAUGCUUACAAAUAUGGUAUAAAAGUAAUAGAAAAUUAUAUUGAAAAGUGCAAAAAAAAAUAGUAAAGUGUUUGUGGAUAAUUACUAGAAAAUUUUUUUUUAAAUUCAUAUAAAAUGUGGGAAACAAUUUCAAAAUUACCAGACUUGUUGGAAUUUUCAGAAUUGAUCUCAUUAUAAUAAAACUAACUAAUUUCAAAAUUUUAUUAUUAACUUUGGAAUGAAAAUAAAUUAACUUUCAAAUCUUAAAUACCAACUCUAAUAAAAUAGAAAAUCGAAUAAUUACAUUUUGAUUUAAAUGUCAAAAACCUAUAAGAAAUUUAAUAUGAAUUAGAAUAAAAGUUAUCUAUUGAUUGCGAAAACAUACUCAAAAUGUUAGAAGAAAGGCUAAAUCAAUUCAAAGAGGAAAAAAACAUUUAAAAAAAUAUAUAUUAAAAAUUUGUAAUUAAAUUAUAAAAUGAAAUUCAUAACCUGUAAACAGAAUGUACUUUUUCUAUAAUUGAAUAAAUUUAAAAUUAAGAAAUCGAAUAUUAAAAAAGUCGAGGUUUUCGGGAAAUCAACAAGUACAUCAAUUAAUUAAGUCCAAAAUCUAGAAUGUAAUUAUAAACUAAUGAAAGUUUAAUGAUAGAAUAAUUCAACAUCAUUUGGGGGAAUAUAAAAAUUAAAUAUUAGUAAUAAAGAAAACUUAAAUAUGAUGAAAUUUAAACUGCAUCGCUUAAACAAAUCAAAAGUUAUUUUUAAGAAUAUUAAUUAACUAUUCCUAACGAUAAUAACUUUUAAAGUUUUUUUCAUGAAAAAAUAAAUAAAUUUGAUUAUAACGAGGAAGAAAAAGACAAAAUUUUUUAGUAAUACUCAUAAACACUAAUGCAAAAUUAAUUUACUAAAUUGCCAUAGAAGGACAUAUUUAAUGUGAAUUUCUAAAAUCUGAGCAUAGAAUAAAAAAUUGAAAAAUCUUCAGGCUCACUCUUAGCUCUAGAGUAAAUAUUUAAAGUAAUUUUUAAUAUAAGUUUGGUAUCUAAAACAGAAAUAAAAACCUAUUUUUAAAUAGAUUUUUAAGAAGAUCUUUAAAAGAUUGACCUUACAAAGACUAACGAUUUAUUGAAAAUUCUUGAUUUAUUUUAAGUGGAGUAUGAUUAAGUUAAAAAAAAUAGUAUCCUUUAAUGUUCUCGCAAAAACAACAAUGAAGGAUAUUCAAAUUCUUGUUAUUAAUUUAUAUAAACAUUUAACUUUAAUAAUUUAGAUAGGUAAUUUUAAUUUUCAGAAGCGGAUCUAAAAUUAUUUAAAAAUUAUUUUAAAUCGAAAAUCCAAUGUCGUAAAAAUAUUAUAUGGGAUACAUAAGAAAUAAAUGUUUUGAGAGAAAAACAUAUAAUUUUACAGUACGAAUGCUGUAAAGUAGAAAGUAAAAAAUUACCAGCUGAUCUACUCAAUUAUAUCACCUAUCCUAAAAAAUCCAAAUUUUUGGAGAGUUUUCAAGUAGAAUUUAAUAAUAUGCUUAAUAAAGAGGGAAAAUGGAAUUUCAUAUAUUCCGAAAUAUAUGAUAAAAUAAAAAACUCAAUGUUAGAGUUACCAGAGAAUACAGAUAUUAUCUCAAAAGACAUAAUUUAUAGAGUGAUGCAAUAAGUAAGUGAAUUUACUGUAAAUCGAUACAAAAAAUAAUUUGCUUUAUACGGCGUUUAGUUAUCUAAUUUGGGAGAAAGAUGCAUAUAUUAUUACAGUUUGCACAUAAUCUGGAGAUUCUAUUGUUUAAGGAUUUGGAAAGAUUUUGAAAAAAAUGAAAAUUUAGUUGAUAAAAGCAAAAAUGAUUCAUGGGAAUCCUUUAAACUUGAGGUACAUUAACAUAAAUCCAAAUAAAGCAGGUAAAAAGGGGAAUCACUAGCUAAUUAUUUGAUUGAAAAAUCUUAAUAGAUUUUUUAUUAAGAUAAGAGAAUUGAAAUUGAAGAUUUUAUCAAGAGGGAGUUGAUAUAAAAUGAAAAUUUAGUAAAAAAUUUGGAUGAUAUAUUAAUUAUCAAAGCGUAAAAAAUUGAACUAAUAAAUGAGAUGAAUUAUUAAGAAUAAGUUGUGGAAUAUUUGACAAAUUAAUUGAACUUUAUUUAAACAUAUGUAGAAAAAUAUAUCAAGCAUAUAACAUAAUAAAUUUAAUAAAAAUACUAAGAAUAAUUUAAUCAAGAAUUAGCAAUUAUUAUUAACAGAAUAGAGAUGAAUGCUAAAUAACUGUUGGAAAACCUUUCUAAUUAACCUAAUAUUGUAAACUAUUUUGAGAAAUCUAUUAAAUAGAAAUUCUAUGAAAUAAAAGAUCAAAAUCAAAAGAAAGAACAAGAAAACCUUCUUGAAAUCAAAUUAUUUAAUUUAGUUUUUUAGUAUCUUUUGGAAUAUGAGUAAAACGAGAAAGAAAUUGAAGAAAUUGAUGUUUAAUACAAAGAUUGCUUUAUUCAUUGCUAAAAACGAAAAUAAAAUAUACUAAUAAACCUGAGAAAUCCAAUGGAUAACUAAAUAAAUGAAAUUCAGCCAUUUUUGUAGUCCUUACUUGAUACCCUAAAAUUAGUUGGUUCAAUUAACUUUAACCUAACUUAAUUUUUAAUUUAAGAAAGCUUAAACUCAUUAAAAUAAGCAAUGAUUGGAUGCACUCAUUGUUGUCCAAUGUGUAAUCGAAAAUGUGAUUCCGAACCUGAAUUUAUCCCUCAUUCAUGUUAAAAUGGUCAUUAUUUAAGAGGUAUUUCUUUAUUAAAUUUCAGGAAUGCAAGGUAUACUGUUAGGAAAUAAGCCAUCUUUACAGAGUUGUGAAGAAAUAAAAGAGGAUUAAAUCAUUGAUAUUCUUGAAACUCAAAUGCAAAUGAAAUGGAAAGAAAUGAAGAAAAUUUACCAAAAAUGGAAUUUUACAAGUUUAAAUACAAAAGAAAUAAAAGAAAAGAAAUUGAAAUGGAUCAAAAUUUGGAAUGAUGGAAUUGGAAAUUUAAUAUGCAAAUAAUUAAGUUAAAAUCUUAAUACCAAUAUUGAUUUUAAUAAAAAGGAAAAAUAGAAAAUCUUCUACAUUUUUAUUCUUGAUGAUUCUUUUUCGAUGGAAGGAAAAAAAGGGGAUAAUAUGAUGACAAGUUUGAAAGAAUAACUCAAAUUUCUUAAAUCAAAUAAAUACGCUAAGGUGAGCAUAAUUUCAUUCAAUUAUAAAGCCUCAUUGUAAAUAGAAUUUAAAAAGCCUAAAACAAAAUUGAUUAAGUAAAUUACCUUAGUGGGAGGAAUCACAAAUUUUGACCCACCUUUAAAACUAUGUUUAGAUUAAAUAAAAAAAUUCGAAAAAAAUGUUGAUUAGUAAAAAAUUUAUUUAAUUUAGAACAAAAAUUCUCUUGUAUUCUGAUGGGGAAGGUUCGUAUUCUCAAAAGAGUUUAGCUGAAUAUAUAUCAUUAAGUUAAGAAUUAAGAAAUAAAAUAUCAUUUAUGAUUUGUACAGCUGGGAGUAAACCCCAAAUUCUACUUAAAAUGAUUGAGCAUUUAUCACUUGCAUUUAAUAAGGUAGAAUUGAAGAAAAACAUUUAAAGCUAAGAUCUAUGUAAAUGUUGGAAUGAAACAUUAAAUAAAACUUGCUAGAUGACCAUGAAUGAAUGA